AGAUUUCCCUCCCGCGAUACCUGGGCGGAGCACGGGAUGACGCAUGCGCCUUCUCGGCGGCCGAGGCGCCGCGGUGCCUACCGGGACUGAGCUCCCAGCCGCCCGAUCAGGAAGUGGCGGGCGGAGCUGGGGGAAGAGUCGCCGCCUCAGCCGCCGCCGCCGCCAGUGCGGAGACCCCCGAGCUGGCGGGGCCGCGCUGGGCAUGCGUGCCGGGAGGUGGAGGCGCUGACAACGAGCCCGAAGCGGCAGCCACGCGGGCGUGGGCAGCUGGUCCAGGCGGAGGCGCUGGGAGGCGGCGGCGGGGCGCGUGGGGCGGCCCUCCGGGCUCAGCAUUAUGGAUCCAAGCCUUUUGAGAGAACGGGAGCUGUUCAAGAAACGAGCUCUUUCCACUCCUGUAGUAGAAAAACGUUCUGUGUCUUCUGAGGCGUCGUCAUCAAAGAAGAAAAAAGCAAAGCUAGAACAUGGAGGAUCAUCGGGCUCUAAACAAAAUUCUGAUCAUAGCAAUGGAUCAUUUAAUUUGAAAGCUCUGUCAGGAAGCUCUGGAUAUAAGUUUGGUGUUCUAGCUAAGAUUGUGAAUUACAUGAAGACACGGCAUCAGCGAGGAGAUACACAUCCCCUUACUUUAGAAGAAAUUUUGGAUGAAACGCAACAUUUAGAUAUUGGACUCAAGCAGAAGCAAUGGCUAAUGAGUGAGGCACUAGUCAAUAAUCCCAAAAUUGAAGUAAUAGAUGGGAAGUAUGCCUUUAAGCCCAAGUACAACUUGAAAGAUAAGAAGGCUCUACUUAGGCUCUUAGAUCAACAUGACCAGCGCGGCUUAGGAGGAAUUCUUUUAGAAGACAUCGAGGAAGGACUGCCCAAUUCCCAGAAAGCUGUCAAGGCUUUAGGGGACCAGAUAUUAUUUGUAAACCGUCCUGAUAAGAAGAAAAUUCUUUUCUUCAAUGAUAAGAGCUGUCAGUUUUCUGUGGAUGAAGAGUUUCAGAAACUGUGGAGGAGUGUCACCGUGGAUUCAAUGGACGAGGAGAAAAUUGAAGAGUAUCUGAAGCGACAGGGUAUUUCUUCCAUGCAGGACUCCGGACCAAAGAAAGUGGCCCCAAUUCAGAGAAGGAAAAAGCCUGCCUCACAGAAAAAGCGACGGUUUAAGACUCACAAUGAGCACUUGGCCGGGGUGCUGAAGGACUACUCUGAUAUUGCUCCUGGCAAGUAGUAAACAGUUUGGUCUGAGAGCAAAGAGUUUCAAAGUCAAGAUCUUCCAUGUUGACGCUGGCAUCUGCAGACUGACCAUCUUCCUGUUCUCCUACCUAGGACCGAGGAGAGGAGCAGUUCAGUUUACAGAACUAGGGCAAAUUACCAAACUUGAAGCUUGUUUUCCCUAAUGGGCUAAUGAGAACUGUGAUGUCCCCUGUGACCCUCCUGUCACUUCUCAGGGGAGCGGCGCUCAGCAUGGCGUGCAGGCAUCUUUGCUAUUUAUCGCUACUUCUAAGUGGCUCCUGUUCCAUUUUCCCUUCUUUUAUUACUUUAGAACAAGUUUGCUGGUAGUCUUGAAUGCAAUAUUUGUUUAUUCCAAAAGAUCAUAUUUAUAAUAAAACCAUUGUAGAAGGA